AGAUUAUUAACUAGAGUUGUAGAAGCUGACUUCAUGUCACUGUCUGUCUCUACAUCCAUCUUAAAGACAUCAAACCUCAAAGAACACGAUCUGUUUCACGACACUCUAACCAACUUCUCUUCUUCAUCCAACCAACUUUCCAAUUUCAUCACUCUCUUAUUCUUCAGAUCAGCUUCAGAAUCAUUGCCAUUUCUACUUCACAAAGUUAAACUCAAAACAAUGACUCAGUGAUCUUUUAUUUUCUUUGAAAACUCGGCGACUCAGUGAGUUAGCUAUGGCUAUUAUACCUCGUCAAGCUAAAAGACCAACUGGGUUAUGGGUGAAGAUGACAGCUGUAACAAUUUUGGGUCUAUGUUUUAUUUUUGUUUGGACUGUGUUUUCUUCUUCAUCUUCUUCUGUUAGUUUUCAAAGGGAAAGUUUUGAAGAUAUUUCAGAACCUGUUUCUUCUUCUUCUUCCAAUGUUCAAAAACAAACACCAAAAUCAGAAAAACGUGUGGAAGUGGAGAAAGAUCAUAAAUUUCAUAAGAGUGAUGAGAAAAAGGUUGAUGGGUCAUCUUCAAAUUCUUCUUCCAUGCGCCCUCAUAAGAAAGAAGUGGCGCGUGAAAAGAAACGUGUGCAUAAGAAGGACGAUAAUAAAGAGAAUGUGAAUCAAGGGUCAUUGGAGAAAGAGGAAGAAGGUGAAAAAGAGUUGGAAGAUAAAGAAGAAGGAUUGGAUCAUGAGAGUGAAGUUGAUUUGGAUUCUGAUGUUGUUGGUGGUGAUGAUUCAGCUGAAUCUGUUGAUGAAGAUUCUGAGAUAUCGGAAGAGUUAAAGAAAACAAAGAAGGGAAAAGUGAAAGGACCUUUGUUUGAAUCAAAUGUUAACUAUAGAUGGAAAAUGUGCAAUACUAGAAGCAAGCAUAACUAUAUUCCUUGCAUUGAUAUUGAAGUAGGUGGUGGAAAGGUGCAGUACCGGCAUACGGAGAGGAGUUGUCCGAGGAUGCCCUUCACGUGUAUGGUUCCCCUUCCUCUUGAAGGGUAUGAUUCUCCGGUGCCGUGGCCUGAGAGCAAAAUGAAGAUAUUGUAUAAGAAUGUUGCACACCCGAAACUAGCUGCAUAUAUAAAAAAACAUCGUUGGUUGGUGGAUUCUGGAGAAUAUCUUACUUUCCCUCAAAACCAGUCAGAAUUUUUGGGAGGGAUUCAGCACUAUCUUGAGUCAAUUGAAGAGAUGGUACCAGACAUUGAGUGGGGUAAAAAUAUUCGUGUUGUCCUGGACAUUGGAUGUACAGAUUCAAGCUUCGCAGCUGCUCUCUUUGAUAAGGAUGUUUUAACAUUGUCACUUGGCUUGAAAGAUGACCUAGUGGACUUAGCUCAAGUGGCACUCGAGCGCGGCUUCCCAACAUUGGUUAGCCCUUUUGCUAGAAGGAGACUUCCUUUUCCAAGUCAAGUUUUUGAUGCUAUAAACUGUGCCCGUUGCAGCAUACCUUGGCAUUCCAAUGGGGGUAAACUUCUACUGGAGAUGAAUCGGAUUCUAAGACCUGGUGGAUACUUUAUCAUGUCAACUAAACAUGACAGCAUUGAAGAAGAAGAAGCCAUGACUGCACUGACAGCAUCUAUUUGUUGGAAUGUUUUGGCACAUAAAAGUGAUGAUGUUGGUGAAGUUGGAGUUAGAAUAUAUCAAAAGCCUGAAGGAAAUGACAUAUAUGAAUUGAGAAGAAAGAAGAUCCCACCGAUUUGCAAAGAAAAUGAAAAUCCCGAUGCAGUCUGGCAUGUUCCAAUCAAGACUUGUUUGCACACCAUUCCAAUUGGAAUUGAAAAACAUGGGGCAGAGUGGCCUGAGGAAUGGCCGAAGAGGCUCGAAACUUAUCCCGACUGGAUGAACAAUAAAGAGAAAUUGAUUGCAGACACCAACCAUUGGAAUGCCAUUGUUAACAAGUCGUAUCUCAAUGGAAUGGGCAUCAACUGGACAAGUAUCAGGAAUGUAAUGGACAUGAAAUCCAUCUAUGGAGGAUUAGCUGCAGCUCUAUCUAAACAUAACGUUUGGGUCAUGAAUGUAGUACCUGUUCAUGCACCGGAUACGCUUCCCAUAAUUUUUGAACGGGGAUUUUUUGGCGUCUAUCAUGAUUGGUGCGAGUCUUUUGGUACUUAUCCAAGAACUUAUGACCUUCUGCAUGCUGAUCAUUUGUUCUCACGCCUCAAAAACAGGUGCAAGCAACCUGUGUCGAUUGUUGUUGAGAUGGACCGUAUCUUACGGCCAGGAGGUUUGACAAUCAUACGUGAUAAAGUUGAAAUCCUAAAUGCAUUGGAGGAAAUAUUGAGAAGUAUGCAAUGGGAAAUCAGAAUGACUUUCUACCAGGAAAAAGAGGGUAUCUUAUGUGCACAGAAAACUCUAUGGAGGCCUUAAAUCCUCUACUAUGUGCCAUUUUUGUGUGUAUCAUCACAUCAUCUUCAGAGUCUCACCAUGACUUGAUUCAAAUUCCAUGAUAUUCUUUCCUUCGACUUACACGUGAAUCAACUUAAUGUGUAAAAGGAAAAUGAAGUUUGUUAAAAUUCUUUAUUUUUUUUGUUGUUGUAAAAAAUAUUUUAUUAUUUUACUCUUUGUAAAAAUUACUUUAUUAAUUUUGUGGUUGUAAAAAUUACUUUAUGGUUGCUAUUAUUGUUUGCAGAAA